AUGAGGGGUGCGGUAACUCUGUUAGUGUUGCUGUUCUUCUGUCUGUCCGGGGCAUGGGCUCAGGGAGAGAGUGGAGGGGUCAGAGACAGAGCUCAACAGGGUCACAGCGCAGGGAGAGAGAGCAGAGUUAGCGAAGUUCCGAUGGAGACCCGAGGGACUGAAGCUAUGGGCGUGACCGACGAACACACAACCACACCUGACAUCUGGAAUGAGAUUAAGGAGCUGAGAGACAUGGUGGUGGAGCAGAGAGAGAGAAGCUGAGGAACACGGAGGACAGAGUGGCAGCAAGUGAGGACCAAGUGAUGGACCUUAAAGUGGAGAAGAGAAUCACUACGAAAGAAGUAGACGAACUGAAGACUGACAAUCCAGCCUUGGAGGCCAGACUGACAGCCAGUGAGAGCCAGGUGGAGGAACUGAAGACAGACAAUACAGCCUUGGAGGCCAGACUGACAGCCAGGUGGAGGAACUGAAGACAGACAAUACAGCCUUGGAGGCCAGACUGACAGCCAGUGAGAGCCAGGUGGAGGAACUGAAGACAGACAAUCCAGCCUUGGAGGCCAGACUGACAGCCAGUGAGAGCCAGGUGGAGGAACUGAAGACAGACAAUCCAGCCUUGGAGGCCAGACUGACAGCCAGUGAGAUCCAGGUGUAGGAACUGAAGACAGACAAUCCAGCCUUGGAGGCCAGACUGACAGCCAGUGAGAGCCAGAUGGAGGAACCGAAGACAGAUUUUUUAUUUACCUUUAUUUAACUAGGCAAGUCAGUUAAGAACAAAUUCUUAUUUACAAUGACGGCCUACACCGGCCAAACCCGGACGACGCUGGGCCAAUUGUGCGCCGCCCUAUGGGACUCCCAAUCACGGCCGGUUGUGAUACAGCCUGGAAUCGAACCAGGGGGUCUGUAGUGAUGCCACAAGCACUGAGAUGCAGUGCCUUAGACCGCUGCGCCACUCGGGAGCCCAUUACAGCCUUGGAGGCCAGACUGACAGCCUGUGAGAGCCAGGUGAAGGAACUGAAGAACGAGAAUGCAAGUAGGCCUAAUACACCUAUAGUAGGUGUACGAAUUACAAUGAACAACAUUUUGUUUCAUCUGCUUUAUAUGAGCAUUAAUGGAUUAUGUUUCCAUAAUUUCAAGCCAAGCAGCUGAACUGUCAGGAGUGGAUAUUUAUAUACUGAUGUAUAAUAAUGGCCAGAGAAUUAUGCGGAAUUAUGACUACCAUUUUGAUUCAAAUCUUAAGUGUAUAUCUAAUGUAGUUAGUCAGCAGCUGGAGGAGGAGGAUGUGGAUGCGAUGUAUAUCACUGAAGGGUGUAGGCUCUAUGAUGAUCCUGACAAUCACAUGAUCUUAAGUGGCUUCCAGCUCUUCCCUGUGCGAGAACAC